AUGGCAGUGGUGGCACUGGCAGUAAAUGAGGCACCUGAGACAACAGCCAAACCCACAACCCAGUUGUUGUCUGACGAAGACCUGCCUUGGAACUGCAACUUAUACCAGGACUCUUGCAGAGGGGACUUCGGGCAAUCAAAGUCUGAUGAGUGUGUGCCUUGGAUGAGUGACACAGAGGAGCCCUGGUUUCUGGAGCCUGCGCCUGAGCCACAGAAGCAGGCAGUGGAUAUGAAGCACAUGAAGAAAAAGGUGGGGUGGAAGAUGACAUAGUGGAAUGGGAGACAGAGGCUGGGGAAGGAAAAACGGAAGCGCAAGCACACACACGAGGGGAAACACCCAGAGCAGACAGAUGGCAAGGACCCGGCCUCACUGCAGCAGUGCCUGGGACCUGGCUGUGUGUAUCCUGCCCGGCCAGGCUCCAAGUACUGCUCAGAUGACUGUGGCAUGAAGCUGGCAGCUGACCGCAUCUAUAAGAUCCUGCCCCAGCGCAUCCAGCAGUGGCAAAAUAGCCCUUGCGUUGCUGAUGAGCAUGGUAAGAAAAUGCUUGAGUGCAUCCACUGGGAGCAGCAGGCCAUCCACGCCUACCUGAAGGAAAUGGAGUGCCGUUUGCAUGAACUUGAGGCCAUCAUUCUGCGUGGCAAGCAGCAGACGGUGUGCAAGGACAAGGAGAACAUCAAAGGUGACAAGAACAGCACAGACCCACAGAUCUCCUGUGUCUCCUGUGGGAAAUCCAUCAGUAUGCAUGUCGCCCUGCGCCACAUGGAGCAUUGCUUUGCCAAGUAUGAGUGCCAAUCAACCUUUGGAUCCCUGUAUCCUACUAGCAGUGAGGGGGCAACACGACUGUUCUGUGAUGUCUAUGACCCACAGAGUAAGAUAUACUGUAAGCGGCUCCAGGUGCUGUGCCCUGAGCAUUCUCAGGAUGCCAAGGUACCAAAUGACGAAGUAUGCGGUUGCCCACUAGUGCACAAUGUCUUUGAGUUGACAGGUGAUUUCUGUCGCCUCCCCAAACGUCUGUGCAACCGCCACUACUGCUGGGAGAAGCUGAGGCGUGCUGAGGUGGACCUUGAGCGUAUGCGGGCGUUGCACAAGCUGGAAGACCUCCUUGAGCAGGAGCACAAGGUGCGCACGGCUAUGACAAACCGGGCGGGGCUGUUGCCCCUGAUGCUUCACCAGACAAUCCAGCAUGACCCACUCACGACUGACCUGCGCUCCAGGGUAGAAAGAGAGCCCUGCUCGACCUAG